AACAACGGUAUUUGGGUUGGGUUCGCAGGAAAGAAGAUGAUAGAAGUGGUGUUGAACGACAGGCUAGGGAAGAAGGUGCGUGUGAAGUGCAACGAGGACGACACCAUUGGCGAUCUCAAGAAGCUCGUUGCCUCUCAGACCGGAACCCGACCCGACAAGAUCCGAAUCCAAAAGUGGUACAUCAUCAACAAGGAUCACAUCACCCUCAAAGACUACGAGAUUCAUGAUGGGAUGGGCCUCGAGCUCUACUACAACUAAUCCCUCAUUUUGUUUCUGGUAUGAUGUUCAUAUAAGCCGAAGAAGAUGCAGUAGAGAUUAAAGAUAUCUUUCAACUAUAAGGUGAUGAUUGGCAUGCCCUUCAGGAAAGUGUUGAUAAUUUGUUCAUUAACUUGAUUUACCUAUCAAGAUUCUUGUUAAUUUGGUUAAUACCAAAAAAAUUGUGUUGAA